AUGAUGGUGGCAAUGGCUACGGGUCAAGUCCUUUUUCACCGCUUUUACUACUCAAAGUCUUUUGUACGACAUCCCAUGGAAACGACUGCUAUGGCUUGUGUCUGUCUUGCAUCCAAAAUAGAGGAGGCCCCAAGAAGAACACGUGAUGUCAUCAAUGUCUUUCAUCAUAUUCGCCAAGUUCGCAGUGGAAGGACCAUCAAUCCAGUGAUUUUGGAUGGGAACUACAUAAACCUGAAAAAUCAGGUCAUCAAAGCAGAGAGAAGAAUUCUGAAGGAAUUGGGCUUUUGUGUUCAUGUGAAACAUCCCCACAAGAUUAUAGUGAUGUACCUUCAAGUCCUGGAAUGUGAGAAGAAUGAGCGCCUCAUGCAAAUUGCAUGCGGCUUAGGUGAAGGCCUGACAGCCAAAAAGCACGCUCUCCUACCGUGGGGCUGA